CUUUCAAUAUGGCGCGUAUUGGCAGAGUAUUUACAACAGGAACCCCAGGCAGUUUUAGUAGUUAUGAUCGGCUUAGUCACUUAGUUUGAUCAGAUAUGUAAUCCCCUUCUUCUGCCAGGCAUGAUCCGCCCUUUGCAAGAAGAGGUGCGAUCUCGUCUUAGAUCAGGGGUCGCCAUCACUAACUUGACGCAAUGCGUCGAAGAACUUGUUUUGAACAGCUUAGAUGCUGAAGCUACCUGCAUUACAGUUCGGAUAGACGUACCGAAUUUCAAGAUCCAAGUGUGUGAUAAUGGUAUUGGUAUAGCUCAUGGAGAUCUAAGAUCUGUUGGAGAGCGAUACUCAAGUAGUAAGUGCCAUGUUCUUGAAGAUUUGGAACAGUUGAGUUUUCACGGUUUCAGAGGAGAAGCUCUUGCAAGUAUUCGAGAGGUCUGCGAUGUGCUCGAAAUAUCCACCCGUCAUCGGUCUUCUUAUCAAACCUACUGCAAAAUGUUUCGAAACUCUCAAGUUCUGGAGCUUAAAGAGUCCCAAUUUCCGAGAACUAUCACAGGAACGAGUGUUACAGUUCAUGGGCUUUUCUCAAACCUUCCUGUGAGGCGUAAAGCUAUCAUGGAAACACUUGACUUUGACCGCGCUCGGCACAGACUUGCAUCCAUUGCUCUCAUAAACCCAAAGACAGCAGUCACUUUGAUAAACGAUUCAUCAGGAGCAAAAUGCCUUCAAACGCAUGUCUGCAAGUCUGUCGUCUCAACAUUCUCUCAACUGUUUGGCAACCAAAGAUCAAAACACUUGCAUCAAGUACAAUUUGAACAGAGCAACUUCAAAGUGUCUGGUUUUAUUUCAGCUGACACACAUCAUAGUAAGAGUCUGCAAUUUUUGUAUGUAAACAGGCGUUUAAUGCUAAAGACAAGACUUCACAAGCUUGUGAAUAGCAUUCUUUCAAAAUCAGAACUUUUGAAGAGAUUGCCUGUACUUCAAGAAAAAGAUGCUGCGAGAUCAGAGAGUCACCAGAAUAAAACAACAAGCCCUCAGAAUACAAAGAUUUUUGAGAAACAUGGUAUAUAUGUUCUAAAUAUUGACUGCCAUGUCACUGAAUUUGACAUUUGCCUUGAGCCAGCAAAGACAUUGAUCGAAUUUCAGAAUUGGGACAAAGUCCUGUAUUGUGUGGAAAAAUGCAUUGAGGAAUUUCUAAAUGCGAAAAACUUGUUCUCCAAUGAAGAUUCAGCAACCUCAGGUGUAUCAAAACCAAGUGGGGAUGGAUGUGUUAGGAAAGGUUCAUCUUCCGCUAAUCUGGAGGCUUUUGAGUACAAAAGGGAGAUUGAAACUAGUGAUGUCAAGAAAAGCUUGCACUCUUCAACCGUUUUGAGACCAAAGGAAGAUAAGAAAUCUGAAUCAAAGGAAUGUGAUAAUCAGAAUUACACUUCUUGUUCAAAGAAUGAAUAUUCUGUCUUUGAUGUUUCAGAAAAAGGACUGAGAUGUAGCGAUGAUAGGAUUAAUGAAGAUGACAUUGAAGAUCAAGAAAUCAUCAAGACAUCAAGGAAUGUCACUGCACCAAGUCCAACCUCUGUUUUAGAACUUGCAAACACUAACACUGUGGCAACAAAUGCAAACCGCAUUAGCUCUCUCCUCCCUAGUGUCAAGUCAUUUCAUGUUUCUUUCACCGGCAGUUCUGUUGUAGAUGGUGAAUUCAUUAAAAUUAUACAAGAUGAAGUAACUGGUGCAGCAGUCAGUCAUGAAUUGAUAUUGCCCACCCAUGUAUCUCAUGCGCUAGAUAGUGUGCACAACAUUUCUGCCAGUGAUAGUAGUGUCAGUGGAACUGGACACAACAGUGUUAGCCAGGCAGAUGAACUGUCAAACAAAAGCACUGCAGAUAGCCUGGGUGCCUGUAAUACAUCCAAUUGCACCACAAGGAAUAGACUUAUGGGCUCAUUGUUAUCACUUGGAAAGACUGCACAGAGAGACAGUCAUCAAUCUGAUUCUAACAGUCCAAAAGGAAGAGGAAGUGUUUUGCAUUCAACCUGCAAAAACAAUCUUCAACCCUCAGUUUCCUCAAUAAGAGGUGAAAAGAGAACCAACGUAAUGGCAACCUUUACUUCUCCAAGCCCUAUUUUUCUGAAUAGGCAGUGUACAAGGAAAAGAUUGCAAGAAACAAAGGAAGCUUCAGUGGAUGAGUUAGCUUUGUCAUCAAAGACUAGGAGACUGAUCACUCUGAAAAGAAAUUGUAACAGCAGAUUUGUUCCAGACAGGAGAAAAUCAAUGAAUGUCAAGAGAAGUGACCGGUAUGCAAGUGUAGCUCCUGUUAAUAAUGUUUGCAAUACUAAGUCCACAGCAUUUUGUAAUGAUUGUUUUGUCAAUGAAACAAUUUUGGAUGGUAGUUUGAAUCCUAAUACCAAAUGUCCCAUUCAAUUUAGCAAUACUGAUGGCAGGGCUGGUGUGGCCAAGCUUGCCGAAGAGACCUGUGACUCAAGCAAUUUUUCAUAUCUCAGAGAAUAUGUUUCAGCUAAAACUAUAGAUCAGACAUGUUCAUCAAAAUUUCCCACUGGAAAAAAUAUCUCUGUAGAACCUGGAUGUGUUGAAAAUGAAGUGUACUCUAAGCAAGUUGAUAAAGACAGAUACAUUGAAAAAUGUCUAAAAGACAUGAAUGGCCAUCAAGAAAGGAAUGCUGGAAAGAAUGAAUUGCUUUUAAUGAAGGGUAAAUCUAUUCACAAGUCAUUGACAUCAGAAUCGAAACUGAAUCCUGAUGCAAUUGAAACCCACAGAGGAUCGUUAGAAACUUCAAACAAGGAUUGGUUUUGUACAUUUGAUGCAUCACAGGGAAGAAAACUGUUUAUCAAUAGUCGAACUGGACACUCUUCCUUUGAAGCACCAAAUGAUUUCAGUGUUAUAGAUGAUGGCUGUCCAGUGUUAAGUGAAACUGAAUUCUGUGGGAAAGAAGAGGACUUUGGCCAGCGUGUGCCACACCCAUGUGCCUCUCAUUUGUCAUUUUAUUGCCAUUUAAAAAUACAAAUUUGCAUGUUUCUGUACAUUUUAGGAAUGGGUGAAUCUCACUUGGCCUCUCUAUACAAGAAACAUCUCGAAGAGCAAGAAGCAGAAGAAAAGCUUUGUAAGUGGACCAAUGCAAGUGCCCUGCAAGCUUAUGAACAAGACUUACAUAAAAAUGGAGGACAAACUGUAACACAGCUACUGGACAUUUGGAAAAAUCCUGUAUUUGCUGCACCAGAGAAGGAUAUACUCGCGGUCAGCAAGUCAGGCUUGGAUAAAUCACACAUCUCAGUGCAUAAUGUGGUUCAUCCGUAUCGUUUCACAAAAGAGAUGCUGGCCAGUAUGAGGGUGCUGCGACAAUUGGAUGAAAAAUUUAUCGUGGGAGUCGUAUCUUAUGAAGAGGAAGUUGAUGGCUUACUGGUCUUGGUGGAUCAACACGCUGCUCAUGAGCGGGUUCGAUUAGAACGGCUUCAAUCAGAACUCUUUGAAGAUGGCAGUGACACAAAAACUGGAGGAAAACCCAGGAUCAUGUCUUCCACAGUCUCACCUCCUCUGGAGCUUUUUUUGUCUCGAGAAGACAUUUGUCUCUUGAAAUCUUUUCAAGCUGAAAUAGAACGUAUUGGGAUACGUUUUAUCAUUAGCAAAUCUUCAGAAUCCUCUGAGGAGGUAUCAGUCCUUGUGGAUAGCGUGCCAUCUGUGUUUGUCGAACGAGAGUUUUCUGAGGUCAAGCGUGGAAGACCUUCAGUUGCUUUAAAUAAUGUGAAGGGGCUGAUCAGAGAACAUAUUGAACAAUUAUCAAGGACACGAGGAGUACCCCCAGCCAUUCCCAAGACUAUUUCUGAAGUGAUCAGCUCCCAGGCUUGCCAUGGUGCUGUCAAGUUUGGGGAGCCUCUUGGCACAACUGAGUGUCAGGAACUAAUUCAGAGUCUCUCUAAGUGUCAGUUACCUUUUCAAUGUGCACAUGGCAGGCCAUCUGUUAUUCCACUGGUUGACCUGAAGUUUUUAGAAAAGAAAGUUAAUUCUGAGGAAAAUGUGCACAGACCAAGAUUAGCUAAGCUGCAGCCUGUCCUAAACAAAUAGUAGCAACUACAGAACACAAGCUGUGAUUCAGAACUAACGAGAACUGUCGUAGUUGGUUGAUUUAAUAUGCUUCUAUCUGUUUUGUAGAAACUAGGUGGGUAAGUGAGUUGGUGUACGCGGUUUUCUUAUUCUAUCCAUGAGUCAGUGACCAGUUUUAUCAGAGGGAAAGUUUUAAACGCUACUGAAGUAAGUGUCUAAGAUAUUAUUCUUGUGUGGUUUCAUUUGAUCAUUCAGGGAAAGCUACCACAUUUUAAAAGACUCAAUUUUUAUUAUUAUUUUAUUAAUACUGUUAUUGUCGGUUUUGCUCUUAUGGUAUUUACCUUUAAACAAAGCGACUAUCUUCGAACAGUUUAACUAUCAUACAUAAGGAAGCUGGCUCUUUCUGAUUAAAGCAUCAACGUUGGGACAAUGGUUAUGUUGAGAAUGCUUUCAUGAAUGCCAAUAAUUCUUUGUAUAUCACUAAAUAGUGAAAUAGAAAGCGAUAUCAAAGUGACAGAGGGGAUUGCUCUGCUUAAGAAGAUUGAUAUUUAAAAAUCAUUAACCAGGUGUUACAGAAAAAUUUGAAAAAUUUCUUGGACGGAGCACAAAGAACAAGCGAGUCAAAGAGAGAAAAAAUGACUGAUUGAAGGAUUUUGUGAGGAGGUAAAAGGUGAAAUCGUAUUUAGUCAUUUGAAACAGACUGACGUUAGGAAAGGCUAUUUAGGAAGUUGGAAUAUUUAAAGAGGAAGAGGAAGGAGAUAGCUACUCCUGGAAACUUUGAUAACUUUCUAGCGUAAGGAGAGGUUAUAAAAGGAAAAUUUCAAGAGGCUCAAACCUAGCGCUGCUUUACAAGUUAGUAUUCUCUAUGUUACGCAUGACAAUUUUUCCUAUCCGUUUUUCACUUUUUCCUCUUUUUCCAUACGAUGCCAGGUAGCCAACCACCACCAAGUAUUUUAUUGGAGUCAUGGCUUUUUCUCCUUUGCCUUACCCCUUCCUGUUACU